CAGCAGGAACGCACGUGCUUCUCCGCGCAUUUCAAGAUCAAGAUGGCAGCCUCCGUAUGUCGGUGCUACGAGCUGAUUGGCAGAAAUGCCUUGGCUCUCAGCUCCCGGACUCUGGUCUCCUCAGUGUGGAGGGGAGAUCAUUACAGGUUGCAGAGGAGCCCAGGUGCAGCUGUGCAGGUGCGAUAUGCUUCAGGACGGAAAGGUUUUCUGGGAGAGUUUGUUGAUAACCUUCGUCAGGAGUUCAGUAAGAAUCAGGAGAUGAAGGAAAACAUAAAGAAGUUCAGAGAAGAGGCCAAAAGGCUCGAGGAGUCCGACGCCCUUCAGCAGGCCCGCAGAAAAUAUAAAUCAAUAGAGGCAGAGACAGUGAAGACAUCAGAGGUGUUUAAGAAGACCUUGGGCUCUCUAUCAGAGACCGUUAAGGAGAGUCUCGAGGAAGUGAGUCGUAGUGACAUCGGGAAGAAGAUCAAGGAAGGUGUGGAGGAGGCCACCAAGACAGCCAGAGGCUCUGCUGAGUCUUUAUCCAAGGGAGGAGAAAAACUGGGCCGGACCAACGCGUUCAAGGCCAUCUCACAGGGUGUAGAAUCCAUGAAGAAGGAGAUAGAUGUCGGCGACGCCGGCCCUUACAGGGCUCCUUCUCAGCUGAGGAAGAGGAGCGAUUUCUCAUCUAAAAGUGCAGAUGACAACAUCAGAGUGUUCGAGGCAAACGAAGAGGCCAUGGGUGUCGUCCUUCACAAGGAUUCAAAGUGGUCCCAGCAGUGGAAGGACUUCAAGGACAACAACGUAGUUUUUAACAGAAUCUUCGAGAUGAAGAUGAAAUAUGACGAAAGUGACAAUACCCUCAUCAGAGCAUCCAGAGCUCUAACUGACAGAGUCACUGACUUCCUAGGUGGUCUCUUCUCUAAGACGGAAAUGUCUGAGGUGCUGACAGAGAUCCUGAAGGCAGACCCCAGCUUUGACAAAGAUUCUUUUCUCAAACAGUGUGAGAAAGACAUCAUCCCCAACAUACUGGAGGCGAUCAUCCGUGGCGAGCUGGAGGUAUUAAAGGACUGGUGCUAUGAAGCUACCUACAGUCAGCUUGCCCACCCCAUCCAGCAGGCCCGAGCUCUGGGGCUUCUCUUCCAGUCUAAAGUACUCGACAUCGAUAACAUAGAUCUGGCGAUGGGUAAGAUGAUGGAUCAGGGCCCUGUGCUGAUCAUCACCUUUCAGGCUCAGGUUGUCAUGGUAAUUCGCAGCCCCAAAGGAGAUAUUGUGGAAGGAGAUCCGGAGAAGGUGAUGAGGAUGAUGUAUGUGUGGGCGUUAUGUCGGGACCAAGAGGAGCUGAACCCCAGUGCUGCCUGGAGGCUCCUGGACAUCUCUGCCUCCAGCACUGAGCAGGUCCUCUAAGAGGAGGAGGAGGAGCAGGAGCACAGUGGCUCAUCUGGGGGACACAAACUGAGAUAAAAACACAUACCUGGAAUAGCUGCACAUCCUUUAUACAUUAAGUUGAACAAAGAGAGAAGAGGGAAACCCUGCUGCUGUGUGAGAGAGUGCAUAUUUGACCACCCUCUGACAUGUAGAUCCAAUUAGCUUUGGAGAUAGUUUAUGACACAUUCAGUUAAGUUUGUCUGUGCAGUCUUCUGUACUGGUACGUUCAGUGUUUUGGAUUGACUGGAGUAUGAAUAUACUGCAUAAUUAAUAAUUUCAGCGGGGAUGGACCUGCGUCUUCACCAUCUGCCAAGAGCCUGCAUUGUUUCAUCUAAGCUGCAUAGCUCAUCAAUACUGGACGGCUGUGUGGGCAGAUUGUAAAUAAUCCUGUUAUGACAGUGGAGAAAAAUGGACAUGCAGUCUGUGAUAUCUGUUGGUCUUUAGGGGGAUGUUUUAUACCUAAAUUACAUUAAUCCUGGUUAAAUAAUGGAACUGGAAGAUGAAAUUGUUGACUGUGAUGGGGACCUUUGAAUCAUCUGUGCACAGGAGACACUUUAAUAGAGCAGCUUCAGUUUUACUUUUGUGUCCUCAGUGAAUGGAUUUGGGCACAAUGGUGAGACUAGUGCAUUAUGGGUACUGUAGUGCAUGUUAAAAGCAUAAAAAUAUGCUUCAGUUUUUGCAGCAGAUGAACCACAGCUGCCUCCUGUGUAGACAGCAUCAACAGCAUUGAACAAGCAGCGAUCAACUGAGCUGAGUUUAACAGAGAGAGUAUUUUUUCUCAGUCAAAGCAAACCGGCCUUUAAAGAAUGUUUGUUUUUUAGGGCCUAAUAUUAAAAUAUGAAUUCUCAAAAUCACCAUGAAAGAACGGAUGAGAGCUGCAAGGGCUUUAAUGUUCUUCAGUGUCAGUGUUUGAAGGGCUACUGAAGACCAGAAAAUUUAAACAAAAUUUUCAGAUCCUUCAGUGCUCACUUUGUUGGUUUCUGCUUUGCUCCUGCUGGUUUUCACAUAAGAGUAAUGGUCAAAUGAAAAAGUAAAACAAGGAUAAAAACAUAUGACGUCCACCCUGUCAUGCCGAGACAAGACUACAGUUUACUGGGAAGUCAAAUUGAGGGGAUAAAGCUCCCAGUGGGACUCGUAUCAACUUAUUAAUGUAAGCUUAUAUUCAACGUCGUCAUGCUUGGGAGCCGAAAUGGGACCACCUUACUUUUUCCAGUCAUUGAGGCAGCUUUGAUGUUUGAGGGAUUGUUGCACAUUUUUCAGCUGAACUGUUUGGUUUACAUUUACGUGGCUUUGCGAGACAUAAAUGAUGACGAUGAGAACUUGAACUUGAAUGUAGAUUGACACGUAUAGAUAUCGUUGUUCAUGUAAGUAAAGAUUACACACAUUCUGAUCGUACUGUAACGUUACAGCUUCAUUCAGUUCAUAAUGAAUGUCUUUAAGCUUCAUGUUGUACCUCCUCUGUAAAGACGCUCUGAGUUUGUGGAUGUGUGUGUUCUUUAAGCACAAAGGUCAAACUGCACGAGGCGGUUUUAUUACAGAUGGCCGAAAGUCAUGGUCAAAGUCAUGUGUCUGAUGGCCACACCGUGCUCGCCUUCUUCUUCUCAUGAGUCUUGGUUGUGUAAUCCAUCACAUGGUUGCGAUAGUGUUGAAAGAAACAAGCAACAGUUGUGUUGGAGUCAUUCCUGGUGAUUAAAAAACACACUCGCCAUAAAACAUGCACUUUUAUUUAUGAAGACGACAGGUGAGAGGACUCGUAUUUAAACGUUAUUUUUUUAAAUUGAUUUAUUGUGCAUGUGUCUUUCUUUCUGAACCGAAACCAUGCUGUUUUGGACUCUCUGCUGCCACCACCAGUCAAAAUGUGAUUGCAACAAGACACAACUGUUUCUCAUGAUCCCACAUUAAAUGCCAAAAUGUCCAGGGGAGAAGUUUCUGUGAUUUAAUAUCCACGCUUUGGAGAAACGUAUUUUUUGCCUCAGAGAUAGUGAUGUUUGCAUCUUGAGUUUGUUCUAUGCAAACCUUUAACGGCAGUAAUGAUCACUCAAGGUUUGAGGCGCCGCAGGCAGGACCUCAGUUUCAGUCAUGUUGUGUUGCUCUAAAAACUGUCCUUGUACAUACUGUUUUUAUUGGGUCAGAAUAAAGAGAAAUUCUAAUAGUUCAAGUCAGACUAGACUGCUUUACAGUGAAGGACAGCAGACCCACGAUGUAUUCAGAGCUCCUUUAUUUCUCUCUCUGUGUCAGUCAGCAAAAUAAAGAGUGCUGUAUUAUGA